AUGACAUUUACCAAAAUCCUCAAUAGCAAUCCUGACCUCGGAAGUCGACAACACGAGACUCGGCGCCCAAGAUUUAAUUCAUUAGUCACAUCAGAUCGUCUAAGAGAAGGCUCAAGACUACCAACAUUUUCGAUGGGGAACAGUAUCAGGAAAGGACGACGAUCAAUAUUUAAGGAAGUAGGACUGACCGCGGAGGAGCGAGAAAGUCAACAAAAUAUAGCCUCCGAAACACACGAAGAAAGUGACACCGAUGAAAGAAUUGGGCCAUCCUCAGAAUUAGCGUCACCGGUGGAAACGAGAUCUUCUAUUGGGCAAGGUUCGCUGAGGGGGAAGUCUAAGUGGUUGUCUAAACUGGCACCGUCGAGGCGCCCAAGGAUGAAAACUACUUCUAGUGCGCCACCUCCCAUGAUCUCAGGGCUUCAUAGGCUCUCCAUGAUCGCUCUACUUAUCGCAAUUGUUCUUCCUACCAUUAGUUAUAAUAACGGCCGUAAAAAGGUUGAGGUCAGCGGCGCAGACGCAGGCGUAAUUAGACCAAAUCCGAGCGUGAUUCUCAAAACCAGAGAGGAUAGUCCUACAGACGUUUGUACAAGGUGGUCCGGACAAAGCGCUUUGAUUAAUGGGACGGUAUAUAUCUACGGCGGUCGGUCAAAGAAUAAUGGAGAUCAGGAAACGAACACAUGGAACAACGACUUUAUAGCCCUUGAUCUCACUGAAUCAUGGGAUAUCAGCUCACCAGCCCUGUCAGGUCUCCCUAUACCAUCAGGUCCGCCAGCGGUAUCUCUUGGUUAUCUCUGGAACGAUUUAGACCGUCUAUAUCUCUAUGGCGGCGAAUUUUCCGAUAACCCUGUGGUGCAACCAUCGCCAAUCUCCACAUGGAUGUAUGAUGUAGCUUCAUCAACAUGGACAGAACUCCAAGAUCCUAUGACAUCAGCUGGCAACUUUUCAGAUCCCGAAGGCACUCCCGUACAACGGGCGGCGGAAGGCGCAGGAAUCUCCGUCCCCGAAUUAGGCGUCAGUUGGUAUUUCGGCGGCCACCUAGAUUGGGCUACUACACCAGGAUGGACGAACCAGGUUGACCGUGUCUAUCUGAAGAGCCUACUUGAGUUCACACACCCAGGGUAUGCAAACUCUGGGGUCGACUCGCUCCAUUCUUCUGGCGCCCCCCCAGGCGGUGCUUACAGAAACAUCACAUGGGGCGGCAUUCAGAAUCAGAAUGGCUUCACCGAGCGAGCUGACGGUGUUCUCGUUUACGUUCCGGGCUGGGCUCCGAGAGGUAUUUUACUGGGCCUUGGCGGAGGGGUGGUCGGAGAACACGAAACCACCGACGCAUUCUCUUCUAUGAGUACUAUUGAUGUUUAUGACAUAAAAACUAGUACCUGGUAUCACCAAGAGACGUCUGGUGAAGCACCUCAAGUACGAGUAAAUCCAUGCGCAGUUAUUUUCUCGGCCCCCGAUGCAAGCUCGUUUAAUAUCUAUAUGUACGGCGGACAGAACCUGCUCCCGUAUGGAAAUCAAACGCAAUACACGGACAUAUGGAUUUUAACCGUGCCCUCAUUUACUUGGAUUAAAGUCGAUACUUCGACUAGCAAGGAGCCACCAGCCCGAGCCGGUCAUCAAUGUGCUGCCCGAGAUGGUCAGAUGAUCGUGAUUGGUGGCUAUGUCGGCACUGAGAUUGCUUGUGACAACCCUGGUAUCUACAACUUUGACGCUUCAAAUUUAGGAUGGAAAGAUUCUUUCGAUACAGCAGACCACCCGGCAGACGAUCACCCAGAGAACAGCAUAUUGGCUGGUAGUUACGGUUAUAAAGUGCCCGAUAUAGUUCAGUCGGUAGUAGGUGGUUCAUCUGAUGGUGGCGCAACGGCAACGCAACCAGCGUCUGGCCCAGCUACAGACGGACCUUUCAAAACUGGUACACCGCCUGUGUUUACCAUCACGGCACCGGGCAGCGUCGCAACCGUGACAAAUAGCGACUCAGGGUCUAGCGACACAUCUUCAUCACCCACCGGUGCGAAUGGUGGCUUGGUCGCCGCAGGCGUAAUAGCAGGCCUAGCAGGUCUGGCAGCACUAUACCUCGGGUUCUGCACAUGGCUAUACCGUCGCCAGGUGGCCGCGUAUAAGCAGCAUAUGGCUAUUGUAAACCGAGAUUCUGGUUCCAUAGAUGGAGAUAAGGGCUUCGGAGCGACCGUCGCCGGGAUGCGCGAGAAGCUACGCAGGAGCCGCCGCGGAUCCUCCGAUGGCCCUGGCGAACAGUUCGGAUGGGUGGGCCGCCAGAGUGAUCAGAAGCAGAGGGCCGGCGACGAUCCGAGUUCUGGUGCAUCCGGAUCGGGCUCGGGCUAUGGUUGGUCGCGUCCUAGCGAUGAUAGCCCCUGGGCGUAUGAUAACUACAUCAGCGGGGCGGCGGGCGCAGGAGGCAUCGGGCGAUCUAAGAGUGGCGCGAGUCGCAGCACAGCUGGGUCGGCAGACGCGCUAUUAGAUGGACGGCAACCGAAUUUCAUUAGUGUUGUAUUGGCCCCCAGACGUGCCUUACGCGUUGUUAAUGGGAUAGAAGAUCAAUAG